CUGGCUUGGGCGUGCACUGCAACGUGCAGCAUGGCCAACAUCAAGGAUCUCAACGACAGUAAAACAGAAGCGCUCCAGGCUCUCUUUAACUCGCUUUCCAACCCAUCUGAUUCAAUAAACGGAAAGCUCAGCCAAGAACAAUUGCAAAAGCUUUCCUCCAAAGUCGACGAAAUACUAGGCGGCGACGAUGGGAAACAUGGUGCAAAUCGUGGAACAACUCAGCUCGUUAACGAAGAUGGUCUCCCAAUUGUAGAUAUAACGGAGCCUGUCGGCCAGUCCGUUACCACAGACUCGCCACAGGAUGACAAUAUCACAGAUGGACCCGACUUGUUGCCACUUCACACCCUCUCGCCCGAAGAGCGUGAAAGCCGCAGAAUCGAACGUGAACGUCUACUCGACCUGCUCGAAGAAGAGGAGCGUGCUGAACAUUCAAAGGAAGAGGCCGACGAGGAGGAACGACGAAGGAAGGUCAUAGAGAAGCGCAAAGAGGAAUCUAAAGCCGAGAUCGAACAACUGAAGGCUACCAAAGAAAUGCAUAAAAAGAUGGGCAAAGCACUUCUCAAAAACGUCGCAGAAGCGAGAGAGAAAGAAGAAGCGGCCAAGAGGAAACUCCUCGACGAAGAACAGGUAUCCAAACUACAAAACAAAUCUAUCAAGCCCAAGAAGAGCGUUACUUUUGCAGAGGGGACUGAGGAAAAAGACGGUGGCACUAAGCUUGCCUGGGGGGAUGUGGUGCCUGCACGUCUGCAUUCUUCCAACCGCAUAUGGGACAAGUCUGCUGAUCGGUCGUCGACAAUGAAGAGGCAGGUGGUUGAACGUUUCCCCGGAGGGCCCUCCACCCCCAUCGAACCAAGUUACGAGGCUGAUUCUGACGAUGAAUCUCCCACUGAAGAACCCCCUUACUCCAGCGAGGAAGACGACUCUGAGGAUGAUUCUGAAGAAGAACCUGACAUUGAUAGCGGGGAUGAUUGGGACUCGGCUCGGCAUCAACGGGAGAUUGCCCUCGAAUAUUACGAGAAGAAGCAUGCUGUUGGAUCUGAGGCCGCCAGAGUGAUGUCAUCUCAUACCCACGACGAUGAGUGGGACCAGCCAGAGGUUCCUCUGGAAGCGACCCUAGCAGGUCGGCCCAAGUCUGGGACUUCUCGCUUCAAGGCAGAGCGAUCAGGUUUUUCCGAAGCCAAGUCCGAAAGCAAUCCCGCGACGCCUACUACUGCAUCGACGUCGAUCGGAUUCGCUACGAUACCUGCUUCCGGGCAGAGCGCCGUGCGCAAGGCGGUUAAGGUGGGAAAACUUGAAGGUGGCCAGCUGAUGGGUGGAAGCGACAGUGAGCCCGAGGACGAAACAACGACGAAUAUACUCGACAUGCUCAAGAAGGGUCAAAUUCAGAAUGCUGGCCCUGACUUCGUACCUCCGAUGAGAAGCCCUUCAACAUCUAUAACUCGAGGCAGGCCGUCUCCCCUUCCUCUAGCAAAGGGCAAGACCAAAGAUCAAAAUUACUUGGAUGUCGACCUGCUAACUCGGGUUCCUCAAACUCCUGUUAAUCAUAUAAUCAGAUCCUCGCCAAAAGUCUCGACCUUCGACCUUCCAACAAGCGGAACCUCUCAUGAUCACCACCCUGUUUCGGGUGCUGGUUCGUCUAGCAAGGUCCAGCCGGCUCGCCUCACGAUUGAUGACUCGUUGCUGGCACCUAGCAAUCCGCAACCCUCCGAUAAAACUAAUGCCUAUUCGCCGUGCUUGUCCUCGGCAUCAACAGCUGUAGACUCACCUGUGGGUGGGGAAGAGCCACAAAGUGCAUUCUCGUGGAAUAAUCCUCCAGUAAACUCAUCCACACCAUCUAGACCUCCCAUUAUUGUGUCGUCGUCGGUCCAAGAGUCGUCUUCCUCACGGCCAACGCGGCCUCCAGUUGUAUCGGCAAGCGUGCAGGAAUCUUCGCGACGCUCGGACCCGGAGCCACAGCUCAGUAAUGACGGCCCCAAAAAGCGAGUUUCAAAGUUUAAGGCGGAGAGGAUGUAGCAUUAGGGGUUUACUACGAUACCCGUUUCCUCUUGUUAGUUGCUAAAUUAUGUGUGUUUUUUUUGUUCAAUUCAAG